AGAGGCUCAUGACAAGUCACGUGAUUUACCGGAUUUAAACGUCAGACUCGGGAACGCGAAAGCAUUUUAAUUAAGAAAGGUGCAUGUGUAGUGUAAUUGUUCUUCGGUACACCUGACAAGCAGACAACAGGAAGUGAUGUUGUGUGUGGUGUUCCUGGUGCUGGUGUCUGGGCUGUCAAUCAGCUGGGCCCGGCCCCGCCUACCUCCGCUCUCCCACGAGAUGGUUAACUACAUCAACGAGGCCAACACUACAUGGAAGGCUGGCCACAACUUUCAUAAUGUGGACUACAGCUACGUCAAGAGGCUGUGUGGCACCCUGCUCAAAGGACCCAAACUCUCCACCAUGGUGCAAUAUACAGGGGACAUGGAGCUGCCUAAAAACUUUGACCCCAGACUGCAGUGGCCCAACUGCCCCACUCUGAAGGAGGUCAGGGACCAGGGCUCCUGUGGCAGCUGCUGGGCGUUUGGCGCUGCGGAGGCCAUCUCAGACCGCGUGUGUAUCCAUAGCAACGCCAAAGUCAGCGUGGAGAUCUCCUCUGAAGACCUGCUCAGCUGUUGUGAAAGUUGUGGCAUGGGAUGUAAUGGUGGUUACCCCUCUGCUGCGUGGGACUUCUGGACUAAAGAGGGGCUGGUCUCUGGAGGACUCUAUGACUCUCACGUCGGUUGCAGGCCCUACUCAAUCCCUCCCUGUGAGCACCAUGUCAACGGCACACGACCCCCCUGUAAAGGAGAGGAGGGUGACACCCCACAAUGUACCAACCAGUGUGAGCCCGGAUACACACCUGGCUACAAGCAGGACAAGCACUUCGGUAAGCGUUCGUACAGUGUGCCCUCUGACGAGAAGGAAAUAAUGAAGGAGCUUUACAAGAAUGGGCCUGUAGAGGGUGCUUUCACUGUCUAUGAAGACUUCAUGCUCUACAAGUCUGGUGUGUACCGGCAUGUCUCUGGCAGUCCAGUAGGAGGUCAUGCCAUUAAGGUCCUGGGCUGGGGAGAGGAGGGGGGAACUCCUUACUGGCUGGCUGCUAACUCCUGGAACACUGACUGGGGAGAGAAUGGUUUCUUCAAGAUCGUGCGAGGUGAGGACCACUGUGGCAUCGAGUCCGAGAUGGUGGCUGGCAUCCCUUUGUAACCAUGACACCGGUAACGGGAUGUGAUGAGGGGUGGCUGCAGAUGCGCCAGUUUCCUGUCCACUAGACGGCGACCCCCCCCCAGGCAACUCUGUAGUUCCUAAAUAAUUUAAGAGAACUCCACCCUAUCAGAGGGAAAGAUGGAGCUACUACCAUAUUGCUCAUACCUGUCCUAUUCUGAUUUGCUUAUCAGAUCUGAGUAGUGGCUAGGGUUCUAUUUGGACCAUGGCUUAGUCUGUUUUUAGUUCAAUGUUUAUUACUUUUCUCAAACUACAGGACAGAACACUGCUAAUGUCUGUGGUACAGCGUUUUACCUAUGGCUCAUGUUACAUGUAUGAUCGGUUGGCUCGGUCUGUCACACCGGGUGUCUCUGUAGUGGCUUCCUCUCCUUGUAUCUGACAACACAGGAUGGGUGAAGGCAAUAUGGAGGAUCACUGUGAAGUAUAUGCUUUCACCUGUCCAGUUGUGUUGUCAGUGCAGGGAGAAUAAUCCACUAUAGACUUGAGACCACCCUCAGUGAGUGAGUAUGGUUUGUAUGAUGUUGCCAGUGAUGGCAAGGUCACUAGCUGUGCUAAAAUACUUCUGUCCCGGUUUGCACUUAAUUAUGCUUUUUAAAGUGUUAAACCCUUUUUUUAGAAAAUAUUUUUCAAUCGACGUGAUCAGUUGUGCACAUUUUGUGUUCUAACUUGGGUCAUCAUUGAGAAAUGUGGAUUAGUCUUUUUGUACUGAUGGGUUGUGAUUCGAAUGCUUUUUCUUCUAAUGGUUCUCUCCCUACUCUGAUCAAAAGUGUUUUGAGAUGCUUGAGUUACAUGAUGAAAUAAAUAAAAGUUAACAUGUUUGACUUGGCC